AUGGUAUUCAAGAAAGAAGUUUUCAAGAUGCUUGAUAAAGGAUGUCGAUAUGCAGAAGAUGCUUUUACAAAGACAGGCUUUAACAAUUGGAAAAAUGCACUAGAAAAAUUCAAUCAACAUGUUGGGGCUGCAAAUAGUUGUCACAAUAAUGCUCGAAUUCAGUUUGAAGCUUUUCAAGAUCAAAGGCACAGUGUGGCAAAUGUAUUUCGAGCAAAUACUCGUAAGGCGGAAGUUGCAUAUCGUGUUCAGUUGACUGCUUCAUUGGAUCUUGGUCAACAUAAUGUCGAGGUUUCCAAAGUGUUGGGUACAAAUGCUCCUGCUAAUAAUCGGAUGACUUCUCCACGAAUACAAAAGGAAUUAGUAAAUGCUUGUGCUUCAAAAGUCACACUUGUCAUAGUCAAAGAUAUUGGGGAUAGAGUUUUCACUAUCUCGGUUGAUGAGGCUCGAGAUGUUUCAUUGAAGGAACAAAUGAAAGUUGUUUUAAGAUACGUGAAUAGUGAAGGAUAUGUGAUUGAGCGAUUUCUUGGGAUUGUACAUGUAACUGACACUUGUUCUCGUUCUUUGAAAAAUGCUAUUGAUGCUUUAUUAUCGAAGCAUAAUUUAUCUCUAUCCAGAGUGAGAGGUCAAGGAUGUUAG